AUGGAUGCAUCUCCGUCAACAGACGAUUCGAGCGUGAAUUUGGAGGCAACAGUAAACGCUUGUAAUCCGGCGGAAGAGGUUGCUCCGGCGAUUCUGAGCAGCAGUGGGACCUGGUUACGUUUGUCGAUGCCCUAUUUCCCGAAGAAGAGCAACGUGUGGCGCUAUUUUGACCUGUACGAAUCGGACGGUUACAGCCGAGCCGAUACGGAACGUGUGGUGAAGUGUCGGCUGCUGACCUGCCUACGCAAGGAGCUACGUCUGGAUGCGCAAUCGUCCACCAAAGGCAUGUGGGAGCAUAUCCGCAACAAGCAUCCCGAGAUCAAAUGUGACAACGGCUCCACGGCACCACAGGACGAAUGUACGUUGCUACUGCUUCUCCGAUUUGAUUCGGCGAAUCGGCUACGGGCACGCAUUGUGUUUAUAAGCUGUUACGAUAGCCCAAAUACAUAG